AUGUUGGACAAAUUAUCCGGUACCUAUGCUCCAAAAUCAUCUCCAGGUCCACACAAAUUGAGAGAAUCAUUACCAUUGAUUGUCUUUUUGAGAAACAGAUUGAAGUAU